CAGGGGCCGUCGGUCGGUGCGAGUCCUCGCGCCGCGGCGCCGUGUACCUUUAAAAGGCUGAACUCGGCGGUGGGUGCACGGCUCUGUGAGCACUGCUCGGCUCAGCUGUGUGGACCUUCUUCCAGCAGUGACAUGGCAUAGAGGCGCCGUGCGCUGGCACAAGCAGCCGCAGCCGCAGCCGCAGCAGCAUCCCGCACCAUGGACGCUCCCCGGGAGCGGAGCGCAGCGCGCCGGGCGCGCGACGCCGCGCUGCCCGUCUGGAUCUUACUGGCAACGGCGGUGUCGGGACUGAAGGCGGAGGACGGCGGGAUGGAAGAACUUGCCACCGAGAAGGAGGCAGAGGAAAGUCACCGUCAGGACAGCGUCAAUUUGCUGACAUUCAUCCUGCUGCUGACCUUAACCAUCCUCACCAUAUGGCUCUUCAAGCGUCGGCGGGUUCGCUUCCUUCACGAAACCGGGCUGGCAAUGAUUUACGGUUUGCUGGUUGGCGUGAUCCUGCGUUACGGCAUCCCGGCCACCAGCUACCACCACAAGACCCCCCCCAGCUGCUCGCUGAAGGAGGGACCUGCCAGCACCCUGCUGCUCAAUGUCAGCGGCAAGUUCUUUGAGUAUACCCUGAAAGGGGAGAUCAACUCCAGAGAGAUCCACAAUGUGGAGCAGAACGAUAUGCUGCGCAAGGUGACCUUUGACCCUGAGGUCUUCUUCAACAUUUUGCUGCCCCCAAUCAUUUUCCACGCUGGAUACAGCCUUAAGAAGAGGCACUUCUUCAGGAAUCUGGGCUCCAUCAUAACCUACGCUUUCCUCGGCACUGCCAUCUCAUGUUUUGUUAUCGGGAAUCUGAUGUAUGGCGUGGUGAAGCUGAUGCAGGUGGUGGGACAGCUGACCGAUAAGUUUUACUACACGGACUGCCUUUUCUUCGGUGCCAUCAUCUCUGCCACAGACCCGGUGACGGUGUUGGCCAUCUUUAAUGAGCUUCACGCUGACGGAGACCUCUACGCUCUGCUGUUUGGAGAAAGCGUGAUGAACGACGCAGUGGCCAUUGUGCUUUCAUCGUCUAUUGUUGCUUACCAGCCAGCCGGUGCGAACACCCACAUGUUUGAUGCUUCGGCCUUUUUCAAGUCCGUUGGGGUGUUCCUGGGUAUUUUUAGCGGCUCCUUUGUGAUGGGCGCAGCCACAGGAGUCGUCACUGCUCUCGUCACCAAAUUCACCAAGCUGCACUGCUUCCCGUUGCUGGAGACCGCCCUCUUCUUCCUCAUGUCCUGGAGCACCUUCCUCCUGGCCGAGGCCUGCGGCUUCACAGGAGUUGUGGCCGUGCUCUUCUGUGGCAUCACACAGGCUCACUACACCUACAACAACCUCUCGGAGGAGUCCACAAAGCGCACCAAGCAGCUCUUUGAGGUUCUUCACUUCCUGGCUGAAAACUUCAUCUUUUCCUACAUGGGCCUGGCUCUGUUCACCUUCCAGAAUCACAUCUUCAGCCCCAUCUUCAUCAUUGGAGCUUUUAUUUCCAUAUUCAUUGGAAGAGCUCUCAACAUUUACCCGCUGUCUUUUCUCCUCAACCUCGGUCGAAGGCACAAGAUAAACCAGAACUUCCAGCACAUGAUGAUGUUUGCAGGGCUGCGUGGGGCGAUGGCCUUCGCCCUCGCCAUCCGGGACACGGCCACCUACGCCCGCCAGAUGAUGUUCACGACCACGCUGCUCAUCGUCUUCUUCACCGUCUGGGUGUUCGGCGGUGGAACCACUCCGAUGCUGUCAUGGCUUCACAUCAGGGUUGAUGUGGAUCCUGAUCAAGACCUGCAGCCCUGUGUGGACAACUUCCAGGUCUUACAGGGGGAUGGCUCCCAGGCGGAAGGACAAAGUAAAACCAAACAGGAGAGUGCGUGGCUCUUCCGACUGUGGUACACCUUUGAUCACAAUUACCUCAAGCCCAUUCUGACGCACAGCGGUCCGCCCCUCACCUCCACUCUGCCCAGCUACUGCGGGCCUCUGGCGAGCUGUCUGACCAGUCCACAGGCGUAUGAGAACCACGAGCAGCUGAGAGACCCCGACUCUGACCUCAUCCACAGUGACGCCGACCUGACCUUCAUGUUCGGCGACACUGCCAUCACAGCCAAUGGGGCGUCGGCCAACGCCGCCGGGGGCUCGGGCUGGAGCGCCAACGGAAAACGGAGCGGCAGCACGUCAGAGGAAGCGCUGGAGCGUGAGCUGGACUCCCGCGAGCAGGAGCUGCUGAGCCGAGGCACGCGCUUGGUGUUCCCCAUCGAGGACCACGUCUGACCCCCACCUUCAUCUGCUGCUGACUCUCCCUGACCUGAUGCCCCACCUCCUCCUGACCCCGCCCCACCCCCACCCCGGACGGACCCCCCCUCACCCCCGGCUCUCAGCCUGCGGUCCCUCAUAGAUGAGACGAGCUGGGAGAAAUGAGAGCAGGUGAGACGGAAGGGAUCAGAGCCACUCUGAGGAGCCGAGCUCGGAGCUGCAGGAGCGUUUCAUCCUCAUUUUACAGAGAUGGAGUUUAUUCUUCAGCGGACAGGGGUCUUCGAGAGUGCCAGUAGAGGAAAUCUCUAGGUUUCUGCUGCUUAAUCAGAGGGGAAACCAAAAUAUGCAAAAUUCACUCUGUUCCUGUGAACAUGUGACACUGUGCAUUUAACGUCAGAGUCAGAGGAGCAGAAAAAAAAAUGUUGCGCUUUCUCAUCAUGUGAUCUGACCAGCUUCACACACACCAGUUAGCAUUGUUACACACACACACACACACACACACACACACACACACACACACACACACACACACACACACACACACACAAAAGAAGAAAGUAUUAUUCUCUCAAUUCCAACCAGUGUAGAGGUCACCAAACUCAAAACGCCACAGAUCGAAAAAAGGAAUUUCCUUCUGAAGCUGCUUACAAUCCACUGAUUUGGUGCGUUUGUGAAAAGGUCCAACUGUUUCAAGACAGAAGCAUCCGUACGGAGGCGGCGGCGGCGGCGGCGGCAUGCGACGAGCACGGUUUCUUCACAAACGCCACAGCUGGUCACGGGUGAAGAAUGCAAGCAUGUAAAUAGCUACAAUGCUGAGCUUUGUUCCUCUUUAUUUUCCGUGCUUUUCACGCCCCAUGACUGCUACAGAUGCGUCUGUGCAGCUCGUCCCCGAGCUGCCAGGAGGCCGUCUUAUCUCUGCCUUUCUCCAGUGUAACAUCAAGGAGGCACAUGAGAGUUUCGAUGCUGAUCUUUUCCUUUUUCUUUCGAGAUAAUCCAAAAACUUUUCAGAAGAAGUGCAAGACAUGCGCUGUAAUGCAGUUUAAAAGAAAUGUAUGCACUGAAAUUAUAAGCAAACUUGAAUCUUUGCAGAAACUUAGCUUUGCCAACUAGUUAAAUGAAUUAAGAUGAUUUAAAAAGUUUAUUACAGAUUAUCCCUUGAUGGAUUUCCUGAUUGUUUGUCAGGGGCCAAUGUCCACAUACUGCUUUAUUUUUGGUGCUGGCAUUUUUUUUUCUCCGACUGAUUUAAUUUAAGUGAGAACAUGUGCAGUUUAGAAAAGAAAAAAGAACUGUCUACUUUUUUUCUGUCAUCUUUUGUUGUAAUGGAGGCUCGUUUUCCUGCUCUAUUUGCUGGACGUGUCACCUGAUUUACCAAGAAGAUGGAAGAGAACUUGUUUCUGCCAUGUUGCUCCAUGUGAGAUUUUUCAAAAUGUAUUAGAAAAAAAAGAAAAAAACUGAUCAGAACGAACACAGACCGAGGCUUCAGCUGUCUGGUAUUGUAAAGAUCGGUUAUCUUGUCUGUCACUUGGUUCAAGUAUUGAUUCAUUUUGUGCACUUUAAAAUGAUGCUGAGAAAAAUGAUGCCUGACAUGUCCCGUUUCCUCCUCACCAACAGCAAGAAAAGGUUCAGUUCAUUAUGAUAGAUGUAAUUAAAAGAGAAAAUCCUCAUCGGUAAGCUGGAAACGUUGCUCUGAAUCUUGGUUCUUGAAGCGGCUCACCUCUGUGAUUAUCGCUGUGUCUCCCUGUUGCUUCUUGCACCGAGUCAGUCUAAUACUUUUGUUGACAUUAGGUUAUUUCUUAUUAUUUCAAAGCUUUAAAAGAAAAAGAAGACGUAUUGUGCCUUUAAAAUGAAAGACACUCAAAAUGAUUAUAUAUCUUAACAGUGGUGAAUUCCAGGUUUAUAAACUGAGAGUUGCUCUGUAUUUUUUUUUUUUUUUUUAAAUUUUAUUUGCACUGUUGGCAACACUGCCGAUUCUAUCAGCUGUAGGUCUGUAAUAUCAUCCAGACUACAGGCGUAUGCAGUGUUUUCUUGCCUUCUUUGCUUCUAAAGUGCUCAUUUCAUUUGCUCUGCUGUGUCCUCCCAGCACUGUAUAACCGCUCAGUGGACCCCCUACCGUUACCUUUUUUUAGUACCCAAUGUGACGUCUUGCACAACUCGGCAUCUCAAACCCAGAAGAGUGUUGCUCUUCGCUCCCACGCUCUGACUUUAAGGUGAAGUAGAGAAGAGAGGCCACUGAGCUCACAGGGAAUGUUUUAAGACACACUCGCCUAUGACCUCCCUGAGCAGGCAUUGCGCUUUACCCUCAUUAACGGUGUGUACACACCAAACAUUUUUAACUCUGGCUCGUUCACCCACUGUAAAAACCUCAGAGUUUUCAUGUAUAAAUGCAAACACAUCAACAAUAACUCCUAAUUAGGUGUUUUCUUUCUUUCCAGCUGUCAUUCUGUAUUUUCCUUCUCCAAAAAAAAAAAAAAAA